AAUCAUGGCUGGCAUUCGUUGUUUAGUAGGUAACUCGCUCUUGUUCCUCCAUUUGUCUUGCAAACUUUCUGUCGCGCAAAUAACUCUAAACUAAGCACUUCCAUACACAAAUUUUCUCUCCCAGAAGAAAUAUUUUCAUUUCAUUUCGAGUAAAAGUAAAACACAGUUCCUGAUCCAUGGCAUCUCGCCGCCGCAUGUUGUUGAAGGUCAUAAUCCUCGGAGACAGCGGGGUUGGUAAAACAUCACUGAUGAAUCAGUAUGUGAAUCGUAAAUUUAGUAAUCAGUAUAAGGCAACCAUCGGCGCAGAUUUUCUUACCAAGGAAGUUCAAUUUGAAGAUAGGUUGUUCACAUUGCAGAUUUGGGAUACUGCUGGUCAAGAGCGGUUUCAGAGUCUUGGCGUGGCUUUCUACCGUGGUGCAGAUUGCUGUGUCCUUGUUUAUGAUGUAAACGUCAUGAAAUCCUUUGACAACCUUAACCACUGGCGAGAAGAAUUUCUUAUUCAGGUAAUUUAUGGUAUCUCCAUAUCACCUUUAUUGAAGAUCAGAGAGAAACUCAUGCAAAUAUUUUAUUUUCAGGCUAGUCCAUCUGAUCCUGAAAACUUUCCAUUUGUUGUGUUGGGAAACAAAAUAGAUGUUGAUGGUGGAAAUAGCAGAGUUAUUUCUGAGAAGAAAGCAAAGGCAUGGUGUGCUUCAAAGGGAAACAUACCAUACUUUGAGACCUCAGCAAAAGAAGGAUUUAAUGUUGAAGCUGCUUUCCAGUGCAUAGCAAAAAAUGCACUCAAGAAUGAACCUGAAGAAGAAAUGUACCUGCCCGACACAAUUGAUGUUGGUGGUGGUGGACGACAGCAGAGAUCUACUGGCUGUGAAUGUUAAAGUGCAGAGAAUUCUAUGGACUAGCUUUAGUUGCUUGUUUUUUGCCAAAAUACAAGCGAUCCUCAUGGAUUAUUAGCCUGCAAGUACUUUAUUACCUAUGCAAAACCAAGGACAAAAUUCCAAAUUUUAUUUUGUAUCUAUCUAGUGGAUUAGAUGUCCAACAUGUUUAUUUUUCUUCUAUUUAUUCUUCUUUAUCUUUAAUGUUUGUGACAAAUGUUCCUCCAUGUCAGGAAAUGUAUGUUGAAAAUUGUUUUGUUCGAUUGAGUUAUGACAUUGAUGUUCCUAGUUUAACUAUGGUUUUAAAUUAGGGUAUAAAUUACCCCUUCUGGUUC